CUCUGCUCUCUACACUCACUAGUCGGCCAUCACUGAAACUUAAUAAAUGGCCAGGUGUGGUGGCUCACACCUGUAAUCCCAGAACUUUGGGAGGCCAGGAGUUCGAGGUCAGCAACACCCCAAGACUCUUAAAAACAAACAAACAAACAAACAAAUGUAUAUAGAAGUCUUGGUUCUAGAUAACUGAGAGAAAUGGAAGUGGCUUAGUGAGUUGCUGAUCAUAUUACUUCUAAUAAUAGAAUUCUUUAUUAAAACAACUAUGGAAGAAAACAGUGCUUUCUUUCUAUUCUUUUAAAAAUCUGGAGCACUUUGCAAAAUGGAAAUUAAUGCCUUGACUUGCAUUCCUAUGUGAUCUGGGAUUUUCACUUCUGCAGGGAAAGCCCCACUUGGCUUAUUGGCUGCCUGCCUUGCCCUAUGUCUUUUUUUUUUUUUUUUUUUUUUGGUUUGUUUCAAUUUGUAUAAAUGUGUGGAGUACAGAUAUAAUUUUAUUAGAUGCAUACAUCGUAUAGUGCUGACGUCAGGGCUUUUAGGGUAAUCAUAAUCCCAAUAAUGUACAUUGUAUCUGUUAAGUAAUCUCCCAUUAUCUUUGCCCUGUCUUCUAAGCAGCUGGCUUGUUAUUUUGGAUUGAGCCACUUGGGGCUAGAGAAGAGAAGGCAGGGAGUGAGGGAAAGGUGCUUGGGAAUUCCAGGAGAUUGUUAUCCUGCCCUGGCUGCUCUCUCAGGGGAUUCUCCUCAAGUACCCUGGAAUGUUCCCGUGGCCCCUGUGGAUCGCCACCACGAAGAUCAUGAGGUUCUGUUGCCCUGGCAACCAGUUGUCCAGCGCCUCUGCACUGGAGCUGCCAAGGUGCCAGGAAGAGGCAGGAUUGCCCGGUCUUGGAGGAAGACUUCUGGGUAGAAGCGGCACACAGGAGCAGAGACACAGUCUUGGCUCCAAUUUCAUCUCAGUUAUGCCCACCCUUUCCGUGUUCAUGGAUGUGCCCUUCGUCCACAAGCUAGAGGGCAACUUGUUAAAGGCCUACAAACAAGAUGAUUACCCCAACAAGAUGUUCCUAGCCUAUAAAGUCUGCAUGACAAAUGAAGGCCAUCCCUGGGUUUCUUUCGUGGUGCAGAAGGCCCGACUCCAGAUUUCACAGGAUCCCUCCCUGAAUUAUGAGUACUUGCCCACAGUGGGCAUGAAGUCAUUCAUCCAGGCCUCUCUGGAGCUCCUCUUUGGAAAGCACAGCCAAGCCAUCAUGGAGAACAGGGUAGGGGGUGUACACACCGUUGGUGACAGUGGUGCCUUCCAGCUUGGGGUCCAGUUUCUCAGAGCUUGGCAUAAGGAUGCUCGAAUAGUUUACAUCAUCUCUUCUCAAAAAGAACUGCAUGGACUCGUCUUCCAGGACAUGGGCUUUACAGUUUAUGAAUACUCCAUCUGGGACCCCAAGAAGCUAUGCAUGGACCCCGACAUACUCCUCAAUGUGGUGGAGCAGAUCCCACGUGGCUGCGUCCUUGUGAUCGGGAACAUUAUCGACUGCAAGUUGACACCAAGUGAGUGGGCGAAGUUGAUGUCCAUGAUAAAGAGCAAGCAGAUAUUCCCAUUUUUUGAUAUUCCCUGUCAAGGUUUAUACACCAGUGACUUGGAAGAAGAUACAAGAAUCUUACAAUACUUUGUGUCUCAAGGCGUUGAGUUCUUCUGCAGCCAGUCUCUGUCCAAGAAUUUUGGCAUUUAUGAUGAAGGAGUGGGGAUCCUAGUGGUGGUGGCCGUCAACAACCAGCAGCUGCUGUGCGUCCUCUCCCAGCUGAUGAGAUUAGCCCAGGCCCUGUGGCUAAACCCUCCCAACACGGGUGCACGGAUCAUCACCUCCGUCCUCUGCAACCCGGCUCUGCUGGGAGACUGGAAGCAGAGUCUAAAAGACGUUGUAGAGAAAGCCAUGCUAACUAAGGAAAAAGUGAAGGAGAAGCUCCGGCUCUUGGGAACCCCUGGCUCCUGGGGUCACAUCACUGAGCAGAGUGGGACCCAUGGCUAUCUUGGACUCAACUUCCAGCAGGUGGAAUACCUGGUCAGGAAGAAGCACAUCUACAUCCCCAGGAACGGUCAGAUUAACUUCAGCUGUGUCAAUGCCAACAACAUACAUUACAUCACUGAGAGCAUCAAUGAGGCUGUCCUCUUCACAGAAAGCUCAGAGAAGUGCCUUCCAAAGGACAAACCCCUGAUUGGAAUAAAACUUUAG